AUGGCAGCAGGUGCUCCUCCUUCGCCCCGGUUCGAGUCCGACAAGGAAGAUGGUGAGGAAUCCAAGAGCCGCAAGCUUGUCUUUGAUGGAAUCGACGCUGCCUCAAAGUGUGAUGGCGUCGACGUCGACAAGCGGAUGCUCGAUGGGCGCAAGGCCAACCGCGGCUUCACGAUCUCCACCGGCACCAGCGCAGAUCCGGACUUCAGCUCGCUCCGCAACUCCAAGCGUGCACAGACGUUGCCGGCAGAUUGCUCUCGCCGUCGCUGCCCUCGAGGGGAGGGACGACCGAAGGGCGGCGCCGCUCUCGCCGUGGGUUUUAGGGUUUCGCUCAGUUCACCCAGCACAGUGGUGUUGAACCCUAAACCCUCAGCAAUUGCAGUUCCCGCAACAGUGGAUCUAACCCUUUUGGGUGGUAUUGGGGACACAGCACUCAAGUUGAGCUGUAUCAGUUGA